AUGGAUAACGACACUUUUGUGGAUCCCAUUCUUCCAAGUGAGGGUCCUGCAAAAGUCGCAAAGUUGAUCAGAGUGAAUGAAGGGAACAGUCAGGAAAAGAAAAAGUCUUCGAAGUCAAAAAACACCUCUCCGGAUAACCCUAAACUGAAGAAGACAUCCAAAUCAUCUAAACCGAAAACAGAGCUUGAUGAAGAGGAGUCGAGUCCAAAGGCAAGGGGUAUCGUGAAGUGCACCAAGGCGGUAGUCAUCGAUAUCGGUACAGGAUAUCUGAAAACUGGGUUUGCUGGGGCAGAUGCGCCCUCCUGCGUAAUUCCCAGUGUUGUGGGUUUGGCGCGCAAAGGCCCCUUGGAUUACAAGCACGGCUAUGUGGGGAGUGAAAUUCUAGAAACACUAGACAUAUCCCACGUCAGCCCGGUGCAUAACGGCAUAGUAACAGAAUGGGAUGCAAUGGAGAGACUGUGGGAAUACUCGUUCAAAACGCUGGGUAUCCCAAGCGAGGAGCACGCCGUGCUUUUGUGUGACCCUCCUCUUAGUCCGACCACCAACAGAGAAAAACUUGCCGAAAUCAUGUUCGAGAGCUUCAGCACUCCAGCAGUGUUUAUUGAAAACCAGUCCGUUUUAUCCAUGUAUUCCUAUGGCAGAACUAGCGGACUGGUUUUGGAAUGCGGGCAUGGAUGCUCUUACGCAGUUCCCAUUGAUGACGGCCACUACAUGCCAAGUUACACCUGUCGUGCAGAAUAUGCAGGACGAAGCCUUGACCUUUACUUGCAGAAGUUACUGCAGGAGUCUGGAAAAGGGUUCUCUUUUGACAAAUUGGGCCUAAUGGAUGACAUCAAGGCAAAAUGUUGCUAUGUAGCCCCUGAUAUAGACAUUGAAUUAAGAGUUUGUGACAUGGUGCAAUACAAGCUUCCAGAUGGGAAUUAUAUCUCAUUGGGAAAUGAGCGCUCUCUUUGUCCAGAGGUGCUAUUCCAACCAAAUCUGAUUGGAUCCCUUGAGCCAGGACUUCCUAUUAUGGUCAUGAACUGUAUCAAUAAAUGUGACAUCAGAUUGAAGAGUGACAUGCUACAGAAUAUCCUAAUAUGUGGCGGCUCCACAAUGUUCAGUGGUCUUCCUGAACGGCUGCAGAGCGAGCUCAACCAGAUAGUCCCACCACAUGGUGCUACCAUUGUGGCAUCCCAGGAGCGUCAAAACACUGUGUGGCUUGGAGGUUCAAUUCUUGCCUCCCUGUCCUCUUUCCAGUCACUUUGGAUUCGGAGGAAAGACUAUGAGGAGAAAGGGCCCUUUGUCAUUUAUCGAAAAUGUUUCUGAA